UAGUUUUAGGUUAGUUUAAUUUAAAUAUUGAUUUUAUUUUUCUUGAAUAAAACAAUGCUUUAUCUAGAGGGUUUUUUGAUUUUUAUCCCUUUGUAAUAAGAUUCUUUAUGAAAUAAUCAUGGGGAGUGAACAUUCUUCACAAUCUAAUUCUGCUACUAAGAGGGGAGAUUUAGACUCUAAUACUGGCAAAUUUUCCAACUUACGAAAGCAACAUACCAUAGCAAAUCCUGGAGGAUCAUCUUCAGAAUUUGAUAUUGAUGGAGCAAUGGGCAGACCUAGAUCAACUUCCCCAGGGCCUAGUCUUUGUAGCGAUGUAGAUUUACCUUAUAUUAGUUAUACUGUUAAUAGACCAAUAGGAGAUUCUCCUAAGCUUCAAAACAAGCAACUUCUUAAAACUAAAUCGGCUCCAAGAAAAAUACCACAAAAACAACCAAAAAGAAUUCCACAUAAUAUAGUUUUAGUUAACCCAGCACAGGGUAGUCCUAAUAUUGAAAAAGAUGUUGAUAUUGAGAGAUUGCAAAAUGUACCUAUGUUCUUGCCAAUUAUGAGGGCAACUUUGAAUCUUCCAGCAGCUAGAGACCCAGAAGUUUUGGAAAGAUUAGAUCCAGCUCCUCUCCUUAGAUUGUGUGCUCGAUACCAGAGUCAUUUAACAGGUUGUGCUAAUUUAGUAGCAGUAGAGCAAAAUGCACUCAGUAAUAGGAUAAGAGAGACUGAUGGUGAAAUAACUAAAAUAUUCAAUGCUGCAACAGAAAAACAGAAAUUAUUUGCAAAAUAUGCUGAAAAAUUGAGCAAAAUCCAAGAACUUUCUUCUCAAUUGAACAAAUGCCAUAUGUUAUUGAAUCAAGUUCUUGAAUCAAUGGAAACUUUAAAUAAUCAUCUAGAUGUAGAUGAUAGGUUAGAGCCUUUCAUAUGGACUACUGGAUGAGUGUGGCUUUCUAGUUGUUAAUUAAGAUUUUUGAAAUUUAAUUUUUUUUAGAGUGGAAACUUCUGAUCCCAUUCUUAUUUUAUGUGAUAGAAAGUAUUUUAAAAAAUAAUAAUAGUUCAGUGUGGAUGGGUCAUAACAUUUUAAUCUAUUCAUUUGUAUUGAUCUAUAUUUAUUUUUUUUUCAAUUAAUUAAAAAAAUAGUAUAAAAUAUACAGGAUGGUCCAGAUUUUAGUGCAAUAACUUUGGUGUCGAAAAGAAAAUCUAUUCAUGAAGAAAAAUUCCUAUAAACAUAUAUUCUAGCAAGCAUCGGUGUUUGAAAAAUUAAUUUUUGUAGUUAGUAUUUGCUUUGUACUCAAUUAUCUCAAAAAUGGUACAUUCUAUGCAAAUAUUUAACACGUUAAGCGCCAUCAAAAUUUCGAUAUUUUUUCUUGGGGUACAAAAUAUUUUUUUUCGCUAUUUUGAGUUUACUUAGUGUUACAGAAAUUAUCCCUCUUGUCAGAUUUUACCUGAGAGUUCAAUAUCACAUGUUAUCAAAAAAAUGGAUGAG